GAAGCACUCCGUAUAAAAGACAGGGCCAGCCAUACAUAGUACAAAGGUGCGGGCCGGUGGCAAUAUUUUAAACGGUUUUGUAUAUUCUGUAUUUUGGCACCUUGUUGAGAAGUCAGGACACACGGGAAACAAUCUUAACUGUUCUUUUGCUUCAGAGACUUGCAGUUAUACACGCGGUGUAACCAAGAAUCGUCAGCAUCGUUUGUUUUGAGGUGGACACUCUUACAAAUUCGGCUUUUUUAACUCGUCAUCAAUGACUAUCAGCUAAAAUUUAACGGUUUACGUGCGACCUAGUUAUUUCAGUCAUUAAAACAUGUUUGAGGAAUAUGGUUCGUUAAAUAAAUACCUUGUUUGGGUCACACAUUUUUAACUUGAGUUGAGAACGUGAAGAAUACGAGCCCACGCGAAGGCAUCACCGCCUGCCCGUUGCUUUUAUACCGCCCCCUUGCUCGGCCUGAAAGCAAUUCACUCUGAUGACGUCACUCGCAGAGUUGUCAUGGCGUCUUUGGGACUGAAGCUGCUGCUGCAAUUGAGCUAAAAUCUGUCGACAGUCUGUAAAUCGAAAUGGAGAAAAAUGCAAACCUGCAUCGAGACACUGACGGGAGCGCUUUGUGUGCCACGAUCGCGGGAGAGAUGGGCGACGUAACGGCUGUCGGCGGAGUGAAAGGAACAGCCGAGAAAUGCAAGAAUAGUGAGGCUGCUCUCAGUACUUUGGUUAACGUUAGUUGUAAUAACAGCACCACAAAUGUUGGUGCUCCCACCGCCGUUAAUGUCAUUUCCACUGCCGGGAAGUCGGACGUGCCAGAAGUGAUCGAAGUCCUCCCGGUGCUGGAAGAUACGAAGAAGGACACUACGACGACGAGCGGCUCGGGGUCCGGGGAUCAGAUCAGUAACGGGAUGGGGCAUGACUCGGUGCUGGCUGCAGAAGAUAGCGAGGGUGGUGCCUCAAAGUUAGUAAACAACAAAACCGACGGCCCGUCCUCACCUUCCGCUAAGGAGGGCACAGAUGUGCGGGCUGAGGUUUUGCCUUGUGAGGAAAGUGAGCCGACAAAACUUGCCAAGCCGACUCAUCUGUGUCCGGACAAUGCCAUCACAGCAACCGUCAAACCGGGGCUGUCCGGUGAUCACACCUUAUCGGAGGGAUUGCCGAGUGGGAGUGACCCCGAUCCCAGCCUCGGUGGAGAGUCUCGAAGCAUAGAUUCACUCGAGUCCUUCUCCAACCUCAACUCAUGCCCCAGCUCCGACCUGAACAGCGAGGGGCUGGAGGACAGAGGACUGGCCCUGGCCCUGCAGGGCGAGUACGGGGCUGAUGGGACAAAGACUUCGUGUGCUAAGGACCGGGCCGCCGGCCAGUCCAUAUACCACAUUAAGUGGAUCAAGUGGAGGGAGGAGAAUACGCCGAUCAUCACCCAGAACGAGAACGGCCCAUGUCCAUUACUGGCAAUUAUGAAUGUCCUCCUGCUUGCAUGGAAGGUAAAGAUGCCACCUAUGAUGGAAAUUAUAACUGCUGAGCAACUGAUGGAAUAUCUCGGAGACUACAUCCUGGAAACCAAACCUAAAGAGAUAUCAGAGGCUCAGCGGCUAAACUAUGAGCAGAACAUGAGUGAUGCCAUGGCAGUGUUGCACAAGCUGCAGACUGGUCUGGAUGUGAACGUGAAGUUCACGGGGGUGCGAGUCUUCGAGUACACCCCAGAAUGCAUUGUGUUUGAUCUGCUCGACAUCCCUCUCUACCACGGCUGGCUGGUUGACCCCCAGAUGCAUGACAUUGUCAAGGCAGUGGGCAACUGCAGCUACAACCAGCUGGUGGAGAAGAUAAUAUCCUGCAAACAGUCAGACAACAGCGAGCUGGCAGGGGAAGGCAUCGUGGCAGAGCAGUUUCUGAGCAGCACAGCCACGCAGCUUACGUACCACGGCUUGUGUGAGCUCACAUCCACUGUACAAGAGGGAGAGCUCUGUGUCUUCUUCAGGAACAACCACUUCAGCACUAUGAUCAAAUAUAAGGGCCAGCUGUACCUCCUGGUCACAGACCAAGGCUUCCUGACAGAGGAAAAGGUCGUCUGGGAGAGUCUGCACAACGUCGAUGGAGACGGCAACUUCUGUGACUCCGAGUUCCGGUUGCGGCCUCCUUCGGAUCCAGAGACUGUUUACCGCGGCCAGCAGGAUCAGAUAGACCAGGACUAUCUGAUGGCACUGUCGCUGCAGCAGGAGCAGCAAAGCCAGGACCUGCAGUGGGAGCAGCUCCCCGAGGGCAUCAGUGACCUAGAGCUGGCGAAAAAGCUUCAGGAGGAGGAGGACCGACGAGCCUCCCAGUACUACCAGGAGCAAGAGCAGGAGCAGGCGGCGGCGGCAGCAGCAGCAGCGGCGGCACAGGCACAGCAGGGCCAGCAGGAGCCCGCCGAGGGAGACGAAGCAGACAGAGGAGGUGCAGGAACAGGCGGAGCAGCUUCCAGCGCUGGGACGGCGGCAGCAGCAGGAGCCACACCCAGCCCGGGAAAACAGUCCUCCGGCGGGGAGCGCAAAGCCAAGAAAGAAUCGAAGGAUAAAGACAAAUGUGUUAUUUUGUAACAUACAGCGUGUCUGUGUGAGUGUGAGUGUUUUGUGCAUUUGCUUAUCUGUGAGAAAGGGGGCAGCAUUUGUUUCUCCACGGACCGGACACACAACACGUGGCCCCAACUUGACAACAAACAAGGGAAGGAGACAUUUUGAGGAAGGGACGCGACAGGACUAACAGAGGAUCUGCUGUUCCCAAACCACUGGUGCCUGCUAUCCUCUAUCCUCAGUGGAACCUGGACAACAGAGGAAGGGACACUACAACGACAACUACCCCUUAUCUUUCAUAGAGUCGGCCAAACUUUGUUACAAGUUGCACAGUGCACUAUAUUUGUGAUGUGGGGUCAAGUUUAUUCGGGGUGGUAUAUUUUAUAGCAAAAGACAUAAUCUGAAGAAACAAAAUGUCACCCUCUCACCAUGUUCUUUAAAAAAACAAUAAUUUCAGUCAUUGUUCAUUACUGCAGCUUCAAAGCUUUUUUGUACGUAUCAAUAUUUGCAAAACAUAUUUAGACAAACCUACGGUUUUUAAGUUGAUGCCAAGAUCCACACUUUAUUUAUGUGUCUAUGUUAGAGGUAUCUGUGGGGAGAGGUUUAAUUUUUUUCUGUAAGCCAAGAGGGAUUUUCUCAUAAUAUUGCCUGUUGGAAAUCAGUGUAACACUAUUUGUGUCCCCUCCGAAACACUAUGUACCCAAGGGUUAAUUAAUGCCAGAUAGCUGCCAGACACUGUAGCUACUGCACAAUACUCAUCACAGCUUGCCCUGUUCAGAUUUGCCUUACCAGAGUAUGGCAGUGUUGUAUUCUGCUCUGUUUGAAUGUGAACGUGUGUUUGUUUUCAUGUGUAUGGUGUGUACAGAACACGUGUGGUAUACAUGUCUCAUUUACAUAGAGCAUCGAGUCUCAAUUUAGAAAUAGCCAAAUCUUUUUACGCUGUUUUAGUUCAGCCACAACUUUGGACAUUUAGUGUCAUUUAUCUUGCGAUUCAGUUUCAUAAAAACAUUUGGGAUAGUCAAACUGAGAGUCAUGUUGGAGAGGACAUUUUAUGUGAAUCUGAAGUUGUUUCUGUGUGAGACACAACUAGGGUUUUGGCAGAUUAGAUUUGUGUUAGAGUGAACCCAGUUUAGAGUGUAUGGUAGUUCUGAAAGGCCCUUUUCUUUCUCACAGUCUCUUCUGGCAGCUUCCUGAAGAGCUGCAGUGUGUGUGAGUGUGUGUGUGCGUGUGUGUGUGUGCAGGCACUAUCAUGAUCUCCUCUGUUAGCUUCUGGAUGUAGAAGUUCCACUGCAGUUUUUGAAAAGAAAUACCACAGAAUUCAGUAAUUGGCAUGUAACUUCCUCUUAACUGGGGAAGUUCAUUAAAUACAGUGAACAUGUAAUAUUGUUUUCCACAAAUAUAAGCCCCAAAAUCUGUGACACCAAGAUAUACAACCCCAGUAAGCCCUGUUACGUUGUUGGGAACCUGACUUGUUCAUGCCAUAGCUGUGUUGAGUAGAUAUUUUCUUCCUCGUUCUCCACAAGUCUUACGAGGUUCAUCUCAUUUGCUUUUUCUGGCGCACUGGUUCUCAAAGUGGGGGCUUCAUUGGGGGUUAUGAGGCCUUUUGACUAUAGGCCUAUAUCUUAGCAUAAAUCAAAUUGUUAUUUUUAAAUUUAGAUUACAAUUAAAGCUGCAGACUUAAAAAUUUGCAGCCUUGUCCCACGUUAGAAAAAUACGCAGUUAAAACAACCAAAGAGCUAAUAGAACAAUGGCCAAGUGUCAGGAAGAAGAAAAUGCAGAAUUUGUCAAAAAUAGAAGCCUUACUGUUAAAAAUGACAAAAUAUAUACAUUAUCCAGACAGAGAAUUGUAUGAAAAGUUACUAAAAAUGUCAGGAAAACUAAUCUCUGAAGCAAAAUUCACAGGAAAAUCUGCACAAAAUUCAUCCAAAUUGCUUGUUCACAGUUAUUGUGUUCACUAUUUGGUUUAAUUGUACAGUUAAACAGUUGUUAUGUACUGUUUUUGUUAUGCAUUUAAUAUAAAAUACAACCUUUAGUCAGGGGUCUUCAGUUUACCCAGUGAUAGAAAAGGGGCUCCUUAGGGAAGAAGUUUGCGCCACCCUGAGUAGAAAUGUACAUGUGCAAAUGUCAGAUUCAGAGAGGAGUAAAUUCAUCUGUUAUUUGUGGAAAACUAUAAUUAAAGUUCACACACUGAGCUGUCCUGGGCUCGUAGGAUACACGCUCUGAAUUCUGUGGUAUCACCUUUUAACUGGUGUGCAUUUCACUGCAGCAUGCAAACACAUGAUGUACAUAUUUACCUAAUGCGUUCUUAUAAUGGAUUUAGCUAGUGGUUUGUGCCAUUAUUGUACCAUGGGACUGCCUCCUGAGAAACUUUUCUAUCUAUACAUUCCAAGUGGAUGCCUUGACUCAAGCCUUCUGUUACAGACUGAGGGAGACAGUCGUCGUAGGAGGUCGCCGCAGCGCUCGUAAGGCGGUCUCCGUUAUUUUGUUCGGUGAGAUUUCACUGUCAGGACAGGACGAUUACAUGGAGGCAGCAGGCUACCUACUGUGUGGGAACCCUUUCUUAUGGGCUUCAUGUGAUGGCUGGAGUUUGAGCUCCGUGUUCGUUUGGCCCUAACAAGGCUGUGUUUUGUAUAUAUAUAUAACGCCUUACAACAUUUCAACAUAUUUUAUAGGACAUAGGGAAACAGGCGUAUUACCAGAACGAGACAAUCCAUGCAUUUUUCCACACACAAACAUCGGACACACUCUCAGGCCUUUUGUGAAGGGACAUAUCCUCCAGUGUCUUUUAUGUAUCGGCACAGUUCCUAGGCCUGUAGUCACUUUCUCAGUCGCAACUUUAAGUAUCUGCUCAUGUACACACACAACUAUUUUGACACGUUGAAGGACUUUAACACUUUAUUUAAGAUCCUCAUUGUUGAAGUUCACACUUAAAAAAAUAUGAAUAAAGCUGCUCCUGUUGUGUUAACUUGGACUACCUGAUUAAAAAUAAAAACCUUGAACAGGGUUAAGACACGUUAAUUAUGUACACUUUCAUUGACUCCUCAGUAGUUUUUUUCCCCAUGCAGCUUAGAUAAAUAAUUUAAUUAAGUGAAACCAAGAAGGCAGAGAGGAAGCUUUUGGCAAUAUUUUGCUUUUUUUUAUGUCUGAGUUUCGCUUCAUUUACGUCUCAGCCCAUCAAGUGAACAUGCUGAUUAAACAUUCCAGAGGAAGUUUAAGAAAAUGUAACUUCACUACGGGCCGUUUCAAUCGAUAUGGAAAAUUUGAUGCUGGUCGCUGUUUGUAUGAGUGAAAAGAGCGUAGAGUGACACAUGCCACACGUUUUUAUUUUCAUUUCAGAUUUACUACUGUGCAUUAGCUCGCUGUCCCCUAGUCAUCACUACCAGAAAUUGAUAUUUUUGUUGUGAUGUGUUCGUUUGACCCUAUAGUUCCCUAAGACAAACUGAUCUGAAGGAUAUUGUGUGUUUAAUGUCUCCAAGUGGUUUUUAUUGUAUGCCUUGUAAAAGUGACGGUGGGGUAAAUGCUGUAACAUUGGUGUUUUGACAAGGUGGUCGUUGAACAAAUAGUCGUUGUAAUUGGUUUUGCACUGUUACAUUGAUAUGCACUAACAGAAGAGAAACAUACCUCAUUUUAUACAGAACAUAAAAUUGUGCAAGAGUGCUAUUGUCCUUUGGGUACCUUUUAAAAAAACUGGCCAAAAGAAUUAUCUCAAUGUGGUAGCGGUGUAUUAAACCAGCUGAAUAAUAUUAAUUUGUAAAAGUAUGAAAGGGCUGUUCAUUUUUUUUGUUUGUUUUUGGCUUAAAACGAAAGAGUACAUUUGUCGACAAAUAGUACCACUUGCUGCAAUUUGAUAUAUUCAGGUUAGCGGUACACCUAUACCAGACAAAAGGCUACCAGUACAAAGGCCUGAGUACCAGCACACCGCUCAUAGAUGAUGAGGAAGAUGUGAAUUACAACGACACAUAGCUGGAUGUCAUUUUAAUGGUCUAACAGGAGCAGUUUUUAUACAAAGUACGGAAGAUAAUACGUAGACGACACUGGUACUCGACACAAUCAGCAAAAAACAAUGGUGUAGGUGCACCCCUAAUUCAGGUCGUUAUUUUUCCAGUCCACAGUCCUUCAUUGACCCACACAACUUUUCACAAAUAUUCUCAAACUUUGACAAACAAAAAAAAAAGCGUAAAAUGCUGUUCGAGUGUCAUCAUCUAUGUAGCAGAGGGAAAUGUUCAUUCUUGUCGUACGAGACACACAUCCAGAGUGCUGAACAAUCUAAAGGGAGACAUUUUCUUUAAUGCAAUAUCAAACUUCCAGAAUUUUACUUUGUGGUGCAUGUAUAGCGCGGACUGAGAAGUAAGCCAGAGUAAAAUUUUCAACUACCCCAACUACCAUUACUUCCACUGUACGGCCCAUUGUGUUUAUAUUUCACAUAAAAGCAUACAAGUAAAA